GAAGAAGAAUUCCCCACUCCCAGUCAGUCGAAGAAGUCUUCAUUCUCCAAGAGGUGCCGUGCCACCAUCACGGCGCUGCGCCCAAGGGGAUUGUCCGUGAAGAAUGUGGUUGAAGAUGGGUUGAAGCCUCAGGAGCAUCCGCGAAGAUGCGGAGCUCCGCGACGAUACCGACCUCGUGGACAUGGAGCAGCUGGUCGGGGACAAGGUCAACAAGCUGAUGCAGCUGCUGACGACGGCAACUACGCCGAGGCGGACGCCGCGGAUGGAGCUUGGGAUCCACAAGGUGAUGGCCAUCAGACAGAUGGUGGGGCAACUAGCAACUACUUCGGUACGAACGACGCUGCCGGUUCCUCCACCGCGCCUGCAACUGGACAUGAAGCCGAAGGUGUUGAAGCGAUGACUAGCCCAGCCGACAUGAAUGGCGCUACAGCUCCACCUGGCUAUGAGGAGCCCUACCUGCUGGACUACCCCAACAAGCCCUUGAUGGCCUUUGACCGAAUGGGUAUGGACCUUCCUAUGGAUCGUACGGCACUGCACUUUUUGGUGGAUGUGGACCUCUACCUCAUCAAGCACCUUUUGGCGGAUGUGGACCUCUACCUCAUCAAGCACCAUGUGGUGGAUGUGGACUUCAACAAGUACAUCCGGCAGUACCACAACAAGCUCCCUCUGGGAUGGCUGGCAAUGGCUCUGGUGGCAACGCACCGCAAGCCGGCACUUUGCCGCAAGCUGGCAUGGCACCUCCAGUCUUUGGAAGCCCAGAAAGACUUGGAAA